CCAUCUUCCUCAUCCAUGGCAUAAAGCCGCGCCCGCCUCGCUCGGCUCGGCCUCCGCGCACGCUCCAAUGGCAGCCACGGCUGUGACCCUGCCCUCCUCGAGCACCCCCUUCCCCGUCGCCACCACCUCCUCCUCCGCCCGCCGCUGCCUGCUCCUCCGCUCCCCGCCGCCCCGCCGGGCUCUCCGCAUCGUCGCCUCCGCCGCGGCCGAGGCGCCGCCCAAGCCGACGCCGCCGCCGACCUCGCCUUCUGGAAUCGUGCUGGUCGACCCCGACGAGGCACAGAGGGUGCACCGGCUCAAGGCCGUCUACGACCAGAAGGUCGUCCCGCUCAUCACCGAGGAGUUCGGCUACACCAAUGUCCACCAGGUGCCCAAGCUUGAGAAGAUUGUGGUGAACUGCGGUCUGGGGGCGGAGGCGGGGAACUCCAAAGGACUGGAAGCUGCCAUGAAGGACCUCGCCGGUAUCACCGGGCAGUGGCCCGUCAAGACCAAGGCCAAGAAUUCCGUUGCCAGCUUCAAGAUCCGUGAGGGGAACACCAUCGGUAUCGCCGUCACCCUCCGCGGCAGGAUAAUGUACAACUUCCUGGAUAGGCUCAUCAACCUUGGGCUCCCUAGGUCCAUGGACUUCCUCGGUGUCAACCCCAACAGCUUUGACGGGCACGGCAACUACAGCCUUGGCCUCCGUGACCAGGGCGUGUUCCCGGAGAUCCCGUACGAGGUGGGCGGGAAGAAGAACGGAAUGGACGUCUGCAUCGUCACCACCGCCAAGACGGACAACGAGGCCCUCAGGCUGCUCACCCUCCUCGGCAUGCCGUUCUCGGAGAACAUCAAGUCUGGCGUGUUGAUCCGUAAGAAGCGGUUGAAGCGUCACCACUUCAUGAGUAAGGGCAGGGGAAGAAAGUGAAGAGGAACCCAUGCUCUCGCAUAAUGAGCUUUCUGCUCAACUUGUUAAUUGUGGCCUUUUUGCAGAGUUCGCUUUAGCAUUUUGACGUUGUUGCCCAUUGAUGUACUUAAAAAAACAAGAAUGGAAAAGCUUUGCUUUGGUCAUAUUA